UGUGUGUGUGUGUGUGUGUGUGUGUACAAAGGCAGGAGGGCAGCUGUCGUGCAGACUUGCAUCGGAUUAAGAAGUGCAGUGCUUUGCUCUGGGACAUCCUGAAGUCUUUAACAAGAUUAAAGGCGAGUUAGAUACUGUGUAAUAUGGCAGACACGUUGCGGAGGCUGGUGAACACUUCAUCCUACAGCAUCCUGCAGCAAAAACUAGAAACCUGGUACAAAGACUAUCAUGUGAUCUCAUGUGACCAGAACCUGAACCGGUGCUGUGAGCUAGUGGAGCUCACCUCAAAUAUCCAGGGGCAGCUGUUCACUAUACUCAACCUUACUGCACAAGAAGGCGGUCACUAUGCAGGAGUGGACACGCUUAAAUCCCGCUUGCUGCCAUGGCUUGGUACAUGCUUCACCAUGGCAAGCGCCUCUGUCUCUUCAGACACCAGUCUCAAUCUUAUUCAGGAUAAUGUGGAGAAGGAGCGAAGGAUCCGUGAGCUGUCGUUGUCCCAUGAGAGUGACAUGCAGAAGAUUGAGGACCAGCUCUGCUCUACACGCAUAGAGCUGGAUUCUGUCAAACAGCAACUUGCUGAUGCUAAGAUUGAACUGGACUCCACCAAAAACAGAUCAGCGACUACCCUUCUUGCCACAGAAGAUGAGAUACUGCACCUGAAAGCAGAGUUGCGGAUGGCCUAUGAUCAGGUGGACCUCUAUAAGAAGAAACUGGACGUGCUGGAGGACUAUGAGAGGCAGGUCAGAUUACUGAGAGAUGAGGUCACAUUUCUCACUGCUGAAAAAUCCAUGCUACAGGAAAGGCUGGUGAGGAGUCGUUCUCCCAGUCCUCUUCCCCGGCGGAGUCGUAACAGCAGUCCUGUGAGGAGCGAGUCUCCUACACGUGCCCAGCUCACCAGCUCAUCUCGGCAUGCCCGGCUUGUGUCACGCUUCUCUGACCUGUACGCCAUUGAACGGCUGGAGGCCCAGAGCCUCCUCCGCCGCUACAUCGACGACUUGGAGAAAGUGCAGAGGAUCAUCUUCAUUGCUGCGGUGGAAUCAUUUCAGGCAGCUAAAUUGGCCUAUCGUCAGUUUAAGCUGCGUGUGAGGAAAACUCUUUCUCCUACACACGUGGGUCCUGAGAGUCUGGAGGAUGCCGUAGUGGACUACAUCGUCAGAAACCUUGACCUUUACGAUGUGCAGACAAGUGUUAGUGAUGUGAUCAACUCAAUGAAUGUGAACCCACGUAUAUCCUUCCCUCCAGAAGUGGACUUUAUGCUCAUCAGUAGUUUCAUCAGAGAGAUGUGUAGAAUUGCCUUCGACAUGCAGACGCUGGAUCUUCCCCUAGACCUCGCCUUUAGCUCUGAUGGAGAACUCUACAAUGACAUCAAGUACAGGCGUAGUUACGAUUCAGAGUUCACUGCGCCACUGGUGGAGUAUCACGUGUGGCCUGCACUGAUGGAGGGAGACACAGUCAUAGUGAAAGGAGAAGCUGUCACCAGGAGAGGGGCAUUGUGGAGGAGCCGAAGCCGCAGCUGCAGUCCAGUUCGCUCUCGCUCAGGAAGCCCCAGCCGCACACUUAUGUCCAGUCGUAGUCGGAGCCCGUCCCCUGGACGUCUCUCAACCAGUCGACUGUAAAUUUCACGUGUAAAGCCACUCAGAAGGUGCUGAAAAGACUCUAAUUUCAGAUAAAUACCAUUACCAUUAAUCAUAUUUUCCUUUUGUCUAUUUUUUUCUCUUUACACAAAGCCAAUGUCAGGGGCAUCAGAUGGACACCAGGAAUAAGCUUUAAUAAAUCAGGACUACUUCCACAGUCUACAUGCUUAGUACAUUACACCGUAGCCUUAAAAUAACAAUAAAGGUCUUCAGUCUUUGGCCUAUAGCUAUGGCUAAGGUGCUUUAUCUGGCAAAGACCGCAAACUUUUUAAAGGUGCUAUGGUUUCAGUCUUUCCUAUACAGUAUAUGUGAUUUUGUGUGUGGAUAGUGUUCAUUAUUUAGACAGUAUGUUGUUCUUUACAACAGGGCGGAGUCUCUGUAGUGUAGCCGUCUCCACUCCUGCACAGUAGCACUUUGAGAUCUUUCUCUGAUUCUACUGCAGAAGUACAGUGUGUGUCCUGUGUGAUAGAUUUUUAUAUUAAAAUUCCAGGCAGCAUUAUUUUUUAUAGUUGUCCCAAUAUUUGUGCUAAAUUUCUCCCAAUCAAAAAGCCUGAUCAUUUAAAAUACUUACUUGGUUACUUAAUUACGUGAACAUUUUCAAAAUGUUGGCAUUUUUUAAAAGUAUAAUACAGAUAAUAGACAAUAGCACUACUUCCUUAAUAAUCAUUGAUAAUCACUCUACCAGUUAAAUGUAAUGAGCAUGGGUUCCUUAUUAUAUUUGCAUAAAUUUAUAGCAGAAUGCAUGUUUUUUUUAAUACAUUAAUGUAUUUUCUGCAUGCUUUGCCACUUUACACUUGUGUUAGACCACUGUGUUGGCAAUGUCACAUCACUGGUGCUAAAGUGCUAAAGUUUACUCAUCAAGACCACUUCACCAUCACAUUGAUCCAAAUGGAUUGUGGUUUUAAAAUGUUUACUGUUGUCAACAUCAGGGUGCUCAUUGAGGUGCUCAGCGUUUUUCCUUUUAUUUGAAUCACUGUGUUUUAUUGU